GCGGGUCAAAUUCGCUAUUUACAACUCAAUAACAUUAUUCAUUAACCGUUCAUUAUUAACCGCUAACCGCUGAUUAUCAAAGAAACUUGGUAAAAUCAGGUGUGUUAUCACCAAGUCUAAUUGAAGCAUUUAUCUUAACCAAAUUGGAUUUGAUCCGAACAGAAAUCCGGAUCAAAUUGGUCCAUGUCCACUCUAGGACUAGGAGUCUAUGUUAAUGCUGACAUAAAUAGAAGACAAGGUUAGUGCAUCUCUAGUUAGCUAGACCUGUAGCUUGCCAGCUUGGAGACUAAGCGUGGGUCAAGAAAAUUAAACAAAUAAAUAAAGAGAGAAAAUACACAACUCGCUCCCUCGGCUUGGCCCUUCUUGUCUAAACCAAUCUACUCUUCUCCUUCUUCUACUUCUCCCAUGGAGAUCGCCUCAAGGAAUGAGCAAGAUUCCGUCAUAACCAAUGCCGGCGUCACCAGCAGCGGCGGAAGUUGCUCGUCCUCCUCCCUGCCACUCUAUCAGAAUCCACCCCCGCCGUUGACCCCGAAGGCCAUCUCGAGAUCUGAAGCCGCGGGUAACCCCUACCCGACAACCUUUGUUCAGGCAGAUUCUUCCUCCUUCAAGCAGGUUGUCCAGAUGCUCACCGGAUCAUCGAAGAACGCCUCUGCCCCUUCAGAUCCGCCCCCGUCCGCCGCCGGGAACAGAGGCUUCUCGCUGCCUCCCAAGAAGCAGGGGUUCAAGGCUCUGUACGAGCGGCGGAACGUCCACAAGAACGGGUUCAUGAUCAGCCCGCUGAUCCCCGGCAGCGCGUCGCCGCGGAAGCCGGAGAUCUUGUCUCCGAGCAUUCUCAAUUUCCCGUCGCUUGCCCUCAGCCCCGUCACGCCGUUGAACGAAGACGCCCCGUUCAGCAAUUCUUCGCCGUCGCUGGGGAAUUCGUCGGAAGAAGACAGAGCUAUUGCUGAGAAGAAGUUUUACUUGCAUCCAUCUCCGAGGUCUGCUACUCCGAGGGACUCUCCGCCGCAGCUCUUGUCUCUGUUUCCGGACAAUUCGGCGGCGCGUGUUUUGGGGUCUUCUUCUUCUUGAGGGGCUUUAAUCAAAUUGCCAAAUUUGCCAUUACAUCUUACGAUUGGAACAGGACGAUGUAACAGAGAUCUUGUUUCAAUUGUAUUUACAAUUUGACACCUUCCAUAAUUUAAAAAAGAUAAUUCUCUUUAUCUCUGUCUUUUCAGUUGAUCAUUUUCUACAUCCCUUUUCCAUACUCCUUCUCAUCCUUAUUAAACUUUACACUUUGACUUCACAUAUAUUAAGGAAAUAAAUUUGACUUUAUUGUAGAGUACAUUGUUGGCACUGUUUGAUACUGUUUAACACUG